UAACGAUCUGGCAACGACAAACGCCGUGUUUGCUUUUGCUGAUGUGUUGUGAGAAGCUAAUGGAUAAUUGUUUAUUAAAAAGUCAUUAUGGCUGAGAAAUUUAAUGGGUUUAGUCACGACGAAAUACUCAAAAUCACAGGACACAAACAAGGUGGUCGAACCAACAAUGAAAGAGCAAGGCAUAUACUCAUGAGCCAGCCGGGUAUAAGGCGCAUGCCGGAUAAGACGGAUAAGCCGGAUAAGCUCUUCCGCCAGGCCGAUCAAUUGCGAAAGCAGCAACAGCCACAACAACAACCGAAGACUCAACAACAAACGAAAUCGAAAUCAAGAUCAACCACGCCCACAGCGCCAGCAACUCCCACGCCUAGUGUUGAAUCACUCAAUCUCGAUGGCGGACUCUCAGAGUCACUUGUUCAGGCGCUCUACUGUGGACCCAUCAACAACAACAAUAAUAAUGGCAAAGCUGCCACGUCUGCAACAAGCGGCGAUAGCGAAGUUCUCGAUGACAGCUCAAUCAUUAAGCUAGGCAUCAUAGGAAAUGAUAAUAAUGUUGUUGCUUCCGCUGCUGACAGCACCAUUGAUUCUGCAAAUGAAGAGAGGCUGAGCACUGAUUCCCCCUUUAAGGGUGUUUCACUAAAGGAUUUCGAGCAGCAUCGCAAGAUGAUCGAAGAGCAGAAUAAACAAAAGAAACAAAUGCUCUACAAAGCGAUCGAACAGCAUACGCAAAAAACUGCCGCCGAAUCUCGCAAAAUCGAAGAGAUUCGUCAUGAGCUCUCCAAGUUGGAGAGCGAUCUUGCCGUGGAUGUGGCGCUGCUACGCAAGCAGAUUGACACUGCCUGCAUCCACUUUGCAAAUGUCGAAAAGCAGUAUGUUAAGAUUGAGGCUCAAUUUCUGAAGGCGAAAAUCGAUUUGCACAACGCAUCCGAGAAGAAAGAGCUGCUCACGGAACAUCUCUGCACGGUUAUUGCCCACAACGAGGAUCGUAAGGCUCAAAAGUUGACCGAACUGAUGCAAAAAGUCGGUUUAUCGCCAACUGAAGAUGAUCAACCUGAAUCUGCUGCAAUAGAAAUUAAUUAAAUACUGUAUAUCGCAUAGCUGCAAAUCAUUGCCCAACAUUAAUUAUUGAUAUUAAUAUGUGUAGUAACUUAAGUGUUUUAGCUGUAAGCUUAAAGUGCAAAUUGCAAUAAUUAAAUUGUGU